GGUCAGGCGCAUGCGCAGAAGCGGUCUCCUUCUCUCCCUUAAGCGUCGCGCCGGCUUCCCUCGCGGUCGGCCUUUGAGCUUCUCCCCGCUCCCCUUCGUCGAGCCAGCGAAGCCGGGCGUCGUCGGGCCAUGGCGGACGCGGCGCAGAACGGGCCAAUGCAAGGCGGCGCGGGCGGAGGAACGGUGCAAUUUCUGAUGACUAACAAGUUGGACACGGCAAUGUGGCUUUCUCGGAUAUUCACAAUUUAUUGUUCGGCUUUAUUUGUCCUUCCUCUUCUAGGGUUGCACGAAGCAGCGAGCUUUUACCAGAGGGCUUUGCUGGCGAACGCGCUCACCAGCGCCCUGCGUCUCCACCAACGGCUGCCACAUUUCCAGCUAAGCCGGGCAUUCUUAUCUCAAGCCUUGUUGGAGGACAGUUGCCACUACCUUCUGUACUCCCUCAUCUUCGUUAAUUCCUACCCCGUCACAAUGAGCAUUUUCCCUGUCCUCUUGUUUUCGUUGCUUCAUGCUGUGACCUACACAAAGAAAGUUCUUGAUGCCCGGGGCUCAAAUAGCCUGCCUUUUCUAAGAAAUCUGUUGGACAAGUUGAACGCUAAUCAGCAAAACAUCUUAAAAUUUAUUGCCUGCAACGAAAUCUUCUUGAUGCCAGCUACCGUGUUUAUGCUCUUCAGCGGACAAGGAAGCUUGCUGCAGCCUUUUAUUUACUACAGAUUUCUUACGCUCCGUUACUCUUCUCGCAGAAAUCCUUACUGCAGGACCCUCUUCACGGAGCUGAGGAUUGUGGUUGAACAUCUCAUCAUGAAGCCUUCGUGCCCUCUGUUCCUGCGAAGGCUGUGCGUCAGCAGCAUUUCUUUUAUAAGCAGACUGGCCCCCACGAUUGCGUAGCCCAGCCUGGAAACCCUGCGUGCGUCUCUCUUUCUCCUCUCUCUCUAUAACGAACAUUCUGAGCAGCUGGUAUUUCUGCUGGUGAUUUAUAUAAAUUCAAGAUCUCCGUCAAGGUUGUAUAGAAACGGUUCCUUCCAAGAAUUCGGUUUUUUUGUGGCGUGUAUCUUUAUCUAUAUGGGUUGUUGUUGUUUUGUUCUUUUUUAAAGUCUGUUUUUUUUUUCUUUCCUCAAGCCACUUGGAUCUCUGUAUUUUGUGGAGGAUGAGCACCUCUCACCUUAGGCAAAAAUUUUCAUUUUUAGGCGAGCAUUGCUCUGUGUUGUACAAUAUGUUUUUUUUUUUAAUGUGUCGUGGUCUCAUCCAUACCGAAAGCAAAAUGUUUUCUUCAAACCAAGAAACGAUGUCAGGCUGCGCUGUCUGGGGGGGGGUUGUGUCUUAACAAGCUACGGUUGGGUAUUCCUUGGGCUUUGCAUUUGAAAUUACCUUCCUGUGCAGUACAUUUGAGUCAGUAUUCCUUCGGUGAAUAAAAUGCAAGUCAGUUAAAUCAUCCUGCUCAACCCAAAUCAGUUGGCAUCUGUUCUGAACAUGAACAAUCGGGCGGAACAUUUUAAUGGUGUUCUUCUGAUUU